UAUAAUUAUUUAAUUUUUUUUUAUAUUUUCUGAGCAUCGUGUUUUAAGAGAAGAGAAGGAGAGAAAGAAAAUUAAUGGCGGUUGGAUCUCAAGGAAAGCAAGAAGUGAGCUUCCUCAAAACAUGCAUCAAUGGCAUUAAUACACUUUCAGGAAUUGGAAUAUUAUCAGUCCCUUAUGCACUCUCAUCAGGAGGCUGGUUAAGCUUGAUAAUUCUUAUUCUAAUAGCAGCUGCGGCCUGCUUCACUGGAAUUCUCAUCAGGAGAUGUAUGGAUAAAGAUCCUGAAAAUAUCAAAAGCUACAUUGACAUUGCAGCUUAUGCAUUUGGCCACAAAGGGAGAAUUAUUGCUUCUCUUUUCACUUGUUUAGAGCUUUACUUUGUUGCCACAUGCCUUUUAAUUUUGGAAGGGGACAAUUUACACAAGCUGUUCCUACAGGUCUUAUUGUUAAGCUUCAUAAUCUGUACCAUCACCUAUCUCGCAAUGGCAAUAUUGGGAUACCUUAUAUAUGGACAAAACGUUCAAUCCCAAGUAACAUUAAAUCUUCCUACUGAAAAGGUUAGUGCAAAGGUUGCAAUAUACACCGUCUUGGCAGGUCCCAUAGCCAAAUAUGCAUUAACAGUGAUGCCGAUUUCGACUGCAAUCGAAAGCCGCUUGCCGGCAAAUUACCAAGACAGCAAGUCAAUAAGUCUUAUCAUCAGAAUGGCUUUACUAUUAAGCACUGUGGUUUUGGCCGCUGUGUUUCCAUCUUUUCAGUCUGUGGCAUCUCUCAGUGGAGCUUUUCUUAUAGUGGUGGUUUCCUUUUUGCUCCCUUGUGUUUGUUACUUGAAAAUGUUUCAAGUUUACAAGAAUUGGGGUUUUGAGCUUGCAGGCAUUGUUGUCAUAACGUUAAUGGCGGUUUUGGUUGGAAUUUUGGGUACAUAUUCAUCUAUUGCUCAAACUGUAAAGAAUGUUUAG